UAUAAUGGAGUUCAAUGCAGUCGAUUUGUAGUUAAGGAGGAAUUUGUCAUUAAAUCUGAUGCACUGAUUGGAUUUUAAUGGUAUAUCUAUAUAUAUUAGCAGUGAUUACUGAGUAUAUACUGCUUUUGGUAGUGCCCGCUUUUUCCACAGAUGUUAACAGUACACUUGUUGUAAAAAGUGUAAGUUUCUCUAUGUGUAUAAAGGGCAAACAAUACUACGACUUAGAUCAGAAUAAGUGCAGACGAUGCCCAGGCUGUAGAAAAGCUUCAAAUUAUUUGCAAUAUAAAAUAAGGAUCAGUCAAGAAUUUGGGGCAUUAGACUGCUAUCCCUGUUACUGCAACCCAGGUGUAAAAUUCUAUGACGAACAUUCUAGAAAAUGUAGUAGAUGCCCUGCCUGUAAUAUGUAUGGUUACAUAAAUACUAGCGAGGAAAUCCAUAUUGAUGAGUUUUAUGGAGCACUUGAAUGUAACCAAUGUGUAUGUACUGCUGGAUAUUUCGCCAAUGCAUUGACUCAUCACCAGUGUGCAGAAUGUUACGACUGUCACGAACAGAAUAGAGAGUUUAUAACUCACUGUACACAAGACACAGAUUCCGAAUGUGGUGGUUGUCUGAUAGGGUAUGUGAAUCUUGGGAUAGAAAAUGCUGCAUGUGUCAAAAUCCAAACAACGGUUGCACCAAGCCUUAGCUCAUCAACAACAAUAACGAUCUCAAACAGUGGUCACAGCGAAGUGGUGAUAUCACAUACUAUACUCAUUGUUAUAUUGGUCAUGGUUACAUUCACUGCCGCCUGCAUUAUCUGCAUAGUUUAUCGUAUUAUACAUCAUCCAUCCUGCUGUAAUUUUAAUAAUGAUGUGACACCCCUUGCAUCAGCUACAACACUCGCCUCAACAACAUCUGUGAUCAAGAAAAGCAAUCGACAGGGACAUUUGAAUGUCGGACCCACUGCCAUUUGUAGUCUUUUACAAUCAGGAAGCAAAGACAUAGAACAAAAUGAUGAACAGCAACUUGAAUCUGACGGUUUGCUCAGUAGAAACCAGCUAGAAAAUGUGAUGGAAACCUCAGAUGAAAGAAAUCUUUUCGUCAUAUACCAGAAAGGUGAUAGCUGUGCAGUUCACAUAAACAACCCACAGAGUUCACCAUCUUGAUACUUUGAACAGACAUAGUUUAUGCUUUUAACUAAAUACCGUUCUUAAACUUCAAUGGUUCGAAGUGGUCUCGUUUGACUGAGAGAAUUCUUAGACUGUAGUAUUUCAUGUUCCGUGUUUUAUUCUUUAAAAUCACAAUAUUAUAGUUCUUUUCAAAAUAACUAUAAUUUUGUGCUUGUUUUAAAUGAUGAAAUAUUUUUUUUUACUUUUAAAUCAUCCUUUUAGUACUAACUGGAUUUUGUAGGACUGUCAAAAUGGCAAAUUAAGAAAAUACAAAAAUGUAAGCAUUAAAAAUAAGUAAAAUCAUGCAUGUGAAAAAUUUAAAUUGCAAACAGCAUUUUCGUAUUGUGCUGUUUAAUUUUUGUGUUUUUCAAAAGUAUUUCAUUAGAUUUUAAUGUGGCAUUCAACUAUUUUAAAAAAUUUGUUGUCAGUUAAUACUUAAAUUGUACUGUCAUUAUUGUAUAUUUAAAUUUGAGUAAUUUAGUUCAUGUAUUCCAUUGAACACUUUUGAAAAGUAACCACUGUGUCAUACAGCUAAUAAAGUGCCUCUGAAUUGUUUCAGUUAUCAAUCUUUUUCAAUAUGCUAUCUGUAAAAUACAUAUCUAGAAUAUAUUACAUUUGUAUACAGUAAUGUCAUUAUCUUGAUAAUAAAGUUUAAGGUUUUGUAUACAGUAAAGUAAAUAACUUGAUAAUGUAGUUUAAGCUUAAGCUUUGUCACAAUACUAUACAAAUUAAAAGUAUAUAUAUGUUUUUUUGAUAAAUAUAGGUUUGCCAUCUGCUACAUUAAGCUUUGAGUUAUACAUGUACAAAUGUAAAUAUAUAUUGUAUCAAUUUAACAUUUUAAAAAAUGAUGGUAUAUUUAAGUGAUUUCAAUGUACUUUUUAGAUCUUUUAGAAGAAGCUUAGUUUCCAGAAUUAUUUGGCUGAUAUGUCCAAAUUGGAUAUGAAAGAUUUCAAAAUACAUAAUUAUCAUUAUUUAGAAAUACAGCCAAUCUUCUAGAUCUGAAGCAUACUUUCUCAGUGUCUUUGUAGAUGACAACGGAUAAAUAGUUUAGUUUUGUAAGGUAUCAACAAUUCAUGCAUUUAAACAUACAGUUUGGCUUUUUAUUGGUUUCAGUCCGGAUUUUCCCAAAAAUGGUAAGUUUCAAACGUGUUAACGAUGAAACAACAUAAACGACGAAAGUUUUGACAAACACAAUUUAUAUGUUUUAUAGUCCUCUGUUGGCUUUUGUUUUCAAAAUUUCAGAAACUGUUUUAUUUAAGUGUUCACAUUAUAAUUCCUUCAAUGCUAUGAUACAUAAUUCAAUAAUAGAACAUACAUAAGCUGUGAUAUUCAUGCAAAUAUUAUUAUUAUUAUUAUUCAUGCUAUUAUUUUGUGUAAAUUGUGAAGUUAUGUAUUUGUGCAUCUAAAACAUCUCAUUGACUUUGCUAUGAAGUUUUCUGUACUGGAUAAAAUAUAUGGAUGAAUAAGUGUGUAUGUCUAUUCUAUGUGUCUUUUAAGUGAAAUUGUACUCCGCCACAUUAUAUAUGUGCCUGUUCUAAGUUAGGAACCUGUAAUUCAGUGAUUGUCGUUGGUUUCUGUCUGUCAUAUUCGUUUUUAGUUUAUUGUGUAGUAAACAAUGAGGCGGUUGCUUUUUCAAUUAAUUGUUCCAAAUUUUGUCUCGUCAGUUCCGGUAUAGAUUUUGCUUAUUGUGGAUGCCGUACGGUGACAUAUUUAUAUAAAAGCCGCUCCAUUUGGAAUCUGUUGGAUAGUUGUCUCAUUGGCAAUUCUACCUCAACUUCCUAAUUUGCAAUUUUAUCUUGUGUAAAAAAGAUGAUGUCUCAUUCACAUUAACCAUACAUUUCCUUCUGUUACCUAAUCUAACAUUAGACUCGGACUUCUUUUAAACUGAGUUUUACUGUGCGUAUUGCUGUGAGUUUGUUUAUUCUACAUUGGCUAGAGGAAUAGGGGGAGGGUUGAGAUCGCACAAAACAUGUUUAAUCUCGCCGCUUUUUUGCACCUGUCCCAACCCAAGAACCUCUGGCCUUUGUUAGUCUUGUAUGUUUUUUUUUCAAUUUUGGUUCAUUUAUAUGUUUCGGAGUUUAGAGUGACGUCCAUUUUCGCUGAACUAGUACACAUUUUUGUUUAGGGGCCAGCUGAAGCCCGCCUCCGGGUACGGGAUUUUCUCGCUGUGUUAAAGAUCCAUUGGUGGCCAUAGGCUGUGUUUUGCUCUAUGGUCGGGUUGUUGAUUCUUUGACACAUUCCCUGUUUCCAUUUUCAAUUUUAUUUCCAUGAAGUUUUUAAAUUAGCAAAAUCAUUGUUAGAUAAUUAAUAAUUAGGCAGCCACAUAUAUUAUGAUAUCUUAAUAACGCUAUGGUUUUCACUUGUUAUUUAUAUUAAUAAGACAAUUGCUGGACAUUAGAGCGGAGGAAACAAAUAUGUUGAAAACACUUAAAAGUAGUAGAGUAGCAUGAAUCAUUACUUCAUUAGACAAUAAAAAUUCAUUAAAACAUAACAUUUGUAUUCAAAGUCAUGGUUUUUGGCUAAAACUAACAAAAAAUAACCUUUCAAUUAGAGUCCUUUAAUAUUAUACAUAUACAAAUAUAUAACAUAACAUAGACAAAAGCGUCUUGAAACAACCUGAUGAAUAUUUUGACUUUAAGCAUCACUGAAGAGUCAUCAAUUGUCGAAAUGCGCAUCCGGUGCAAUAAAAUGAUACCUUUAAUGUGAUAAAAAUGAUAUUUAAAUUUUCUAGUACAUCUAAUAAAUAAAAUAGAUUAAUAAAUAUGUUCUGAAAGGUUUGACUUUCCGAUUUGAAUUUUCUUCGGAGUUAUGUAUUUUUUUUUAUUUUACUUUUUAUGUUAGAUAUUUCAUUGCAUAAUACAGAAUUUGGUCAAAAGUUCAAAUAUUAUUAACACAUAUCCUGCAGAAUGAUCCUGUUUGAUACAGAUAUUUAGUUUCAGAAUAUAAUAAAUGUGACACUUACUGAUGUGAUAUAUAAAGUUUAAAUAGAAGUGUGUUUUGGUUCUAUUCCAAACUGCAAAACUAUGUCUUUAUUGUGCAUUUUCAUGUGAUAAUUGUGGUGUCGAAAUUGUUGUCACACUUUAAAUCUGUUGCAUAUCUGCUAUGAAUUAUAGCAUGUUCAUCAACAUUAUGAUCCAAAACCGUGGGCGAUAUGAGAUACUAACGAUAUCAGUAUUUUUGAACAAAAAAUGUAUAUAAAACGAUAUUUAUAUUUUAAGAAUGUUCUAUGAACGCAUAAUUAUUAUGUUUCCUACAUGUUUUAUUUUUAUAAGUUUACAGUUAACGAGAAAAUGAACAUUGCUUUAUUUGCAAUAAAGUUGAAUUAAUAUA